AUGCCUCCCAACAGCGAGGGCCUGCAACAGUUCGCCGAGGAGGAUGUAUCAUUAGUAAGGAGGAUCGGCAAGCUGAUGUGUCACCGGCUUGCCGAUACGGAUCGCACUCCCCCGAGCCGCACAAAGCCGUGCCAUCUCGCUGAAAAUAUCUCCCUGCCGAGUUGGUAUGGUCGGUACCAGCUCGAGGAUGAGGAUUCUUCUCGCAGCGCUGAGACAGUUCUUUCCCAGUUCGCAGAGAAGGAAAUCCGAUGGACAACCGCCGAUGGCGUCAUCAAGUUAGGAGCGGCGACCCCAAAAAAUUACCGACAUGGACUUUGGCGACGCUUUAUAGUAAAUAUGUGUGGUAUUUUGCUUCAAAAAGAGUCCUAACCGAGUGUCCGUUGUUUGAGUUUUCUUUGUGUCGAAUGAAAAACAACAACAACAUAUUUAAGUGUAUGUGUACACGAAUGUGAGGUCGUGCGUAUUUACAAGAUAA